AUGCCCGUGUACGCAGAUAUCACCAAGCCUCCAGCUCGACUGCCUCAGCCCAAGCCCCAAUCAUUGGGUGAGGGCAUCACGCUGCUCCCACCGCUUUCAAGGCUAGGUCGUGGUCCAGGCCUCAUUAUUCUCACAGAGGAGUCGGAGAAGCAUCUUCAAAUUAUUGAAGGUGUCCCCUCUGCACUCAUCAAGUGGGCCGAGGAGGGCUAUGCUGUGGUUGAAAUCCAGGGUAAGGCUUUCAGCAGAGGUGUCGAAGAAGUUGUUGGUGUUGCUCUGGAAGGGUUGAGCAAUUGUGACAAACUAGAGCCGAAGAACAGUAAAGUUGGUGUUAUUGCAUAUGACCCCAAACUGUGGAGUCAAGCGUCCGGAGCCCUCCUUGGUUCACCAAAUGUAGUAGGCGGCGUGGUAUACGCGAGCGCCUCUGAUGAAGAUCAAGUCGAGGCCUCCGGAGUCCCUGUGCUUCGUCACGUAGCUGGCAGUUCAGCUAUCACCAAGAAGGAAAAUGGGGUGACGACAUAUCCAUACGCCAAUGGAAAAUCUUUCCGCAUGGCUACUCCGUUUGACAAAGACUUUGACUACUGGGCCGAGUCUCUAUCUCAUACGAGAAACUUGACAUUCCUAAAGCCACUGAUGGGUGGUCCUUAUUUCGAUCUCGAACAGAUCUGGGACGAGCAUACCUAUUACGAGUUUGCGGACAGGUCCGUUGAGCAUACGAUGAGCACCAUGGUUGAUCAGCCAUAUGUCAACCAUGUACCCACUUUCUAUCGAGGACACUUCAUAUUCCAAAACUCGGUAGAUACCGAGCUGGAACUCAUCAGCCGAACAAUGGGGAUUGAUCGUGUAGUUGACGAAUUCAUUUACAAAUUUACGCAUGAUGCCACGGUGGAUUGGCUGCUUCCCGGGGUUCCGCCUACCUUCAAGAAACUGGAGAUGCCUUUCACAGCGGUGGUAAAUAUUCGAGGUGAUCGGCUGUAUCACGAGCAUAUUAGUUGGGACCAGGGUACAGUGCUUGCCCAGCUGGGACUGAUGCCGCAGUAUCUCCCAUUUCCAUAUCCUGUCAAGGGUCAGAAGGAAGGGUCCCGUUUUGAAUUUCGGGUGCCAGUGUUAGGAAUUGAGACAGCCAGCAAGAUGAGGGAUCGGAACUCGGUACCUUCGAAUGAGAUGUUUGACUACACAGUCCGUGAGGUAGAAUAG